AUGGCGGAGCCCUGCCCGGAGAGCUUUCACCUCGAGCGAGACGAGCAGCAUGGCGACCGCUGCCGAGGCAAUUCCAGCUGGACCUGUCCAGCUGGAUGCGUGGCAACAGGAGAUCCCUCCUUUCACUGCUGCAGCCUCUCCAACUUCCGCUGCGCCGGGCCCUGCCGUGCGGAGCACGGAUGCCUUGGGCCUGGGAGGUAUGCGUUGCCAAUGAUGCAGACCAAUGCAGCCAACGCCUCUGACUGCCAAAGACGCUGUACGGAGCUUGAUGGCUGCAGCCUGAUCACUUUUUGGCCGCUUCCAGGCGAUUGCCACCUACAUCCCUCCGGCGCCCCGUUUCACAAAGAUACUGCGGGAGCUUCCCUGUGUGGGCCAGGCCGAUGCGAGGGCGCCGAGAGCUCAUCAAGCCCACCAAGCAACCACCAUCUCGUGCCGAGCUGGGCCCUGCCCUUGCGUGUGGUCGGCUCGCGGCUGGUGGGGCAAGAUCAGCAGUCCUAUCAGCUGGCAUGUGUGAACUGGUACGGUGCUCAUAUGGAGAUGUUGGUGAACGACGGCGUGAACGUCAAAGGAUUGGCACAGAUUGCCGCGGACAUCGUUAAGUUGCAGGCCUUCAAUUGUGUGCGUUUGCCCUACAGCUUGGACUCCUUAAACUUGAGCGCUGCCGAGAUCCCGCAGAGAUUUUCCUCGCUCUGCCACAAUCCUGAGCUGCAGGCGGCGACUCCGCUGGAAAUUUUUGAUGCCACAGUGGAAGCGCUGACAGACGCAGGCUUGCUCAUCGUUCUUAACCACCAUGUCUUCCACAGAGGUUGGUGCUGUUCAGCAGAUGAUGGUGAGGGCCUUUGGUACACAGAGGACUAUCAGGAGUCCACCUGGCUGCAGCACUUGAGCUUCAUGGCCACACGCUACCGUGCCAACGCGCGCGUGGUGGGUCUCGACCUGAAAAAUGAGAUCCGCUCGACAGAGGAGAUCACGCCCAGCUGGGGCACCGGCGACCUCACGAGCGAUUGGGCGCGGGCGGCUCGCCUGGGCACACAGCGAGUGUUGCAGGCAGAUCCUGAGAUGCUGGUGGUGAUUUCUGGUCUCGAGUAUAGCAUGUACCUUUGCAGAGUUCCUGAUGCUCCACUACAUUUGGAGUUCCGGAGUCACAUUAUCUACACCUCGCAUGAGUAUGACUGGUACCUGAGCCCUCCACAGUUUUUGCAGUCCCGGGCUUUCGAAGCAUCCGCACUCUUUUUGGCGAGCAUGCUCAUGGGGCUGUUAGGCGCUUUGGGUGUGCUCGCGCUGGUGGCUUGGCGGCCCCGGCUAUCUUCCAAGGUCGCGUGCCCACGCGCGGCGCGCGCCUGUGGCCGGCCCUUCCGCUGCCGCUUGGUGACCCAGGCAGGCGCUAAUCAACGGCAGUCGCCGUUUUGA